AUGCCCCAGAAAGAUACGGCCAGAAGAGCUUCGGGGAGGCCUGGCCGUUCAACAGCGGAAGCGUCCCCUGGCACACGAUCGCAAGCGGAUAAAGUUACAACUGGGCCCCCGACACUGUUUAAAAAACGCAGUGGAUCUGCAGGCUAUCAACUGGCCCAAGAGCCUUUUACUCCUCCGAAUAGAGGCCUGUACGAAUCCGAGCGCAGUCGAAAGAAGAGGAGGUAUAUGCAUGCGGAGCAGUCAUGGCCAGCCCUGGACCAGAUUGACGUACGCGAUAGCGAUGACGCAGCCUCGGAUAAUAACGAGCCUAGAUAUGAUUGUGCGGCUGAUGUUGCUUACAAGUCCAAUGAUAUUGAAGGGAAUUGCAGUCCUCUGAAGGAAUCCCAUAUUGAACGCAGAGAAUCGGAGUUCCCUUACAACCCAGCUGCGUCUGUGUCACGACAGCUUCGCAUUGAAGAACAGCCCAUCUCAGACGGUAGCACACCCAGCCGGACUUUGGCGGAAGCUGGGCAUGACAGGAGAACUGUCUCUGCUCGAAAGAGACUGGUUGAUUUGCUAGCUGAAAACAUACACUCAGAAAACUCGCGGCCUCUGCAAGAAACCGACAUCCCUCGCGCAAGCCACUGUGAAAGGCCGGAUGAAGUAACAGAUCAUAGCUCUGAAAAGGCCAUCAAAGCGGACACUUCGAUGCUUUCCAGAAUACGGGGCUCUAGAAUCACUUAUGCACGCCAACGAUCUUUCUUGGGUAAUCCUCUGAGCUUGACAGCUCUUGAACAGCAGGACACUUCGGCAUCCUCGCCACAUCCUGGUGACCCAAGUCUGGCACACAUCACAAACAAUGAUGGUAACCAGAAUUUGGUUAGUGACGACGAUGAAAUCGAAUCUAGACCUGUCCGUAGCAUACAUGAGCUUAGACAGGCUGGAGAUAACGCACGGUUUCGGGAGUCAGUUGAGGUGAUAUUCGAAGACAUCGAGGAUCCAAAUAACUCUCUCUCUGGGAAAUGUAGUAGCUUCGCACAGCUAUGCACAAAACUUCUUGAGCAUGCCUUUGUGCGUCGAUUCUCUGAAUAUGGUUUCAAUGAACGGCUUGUCAAGUGCAUCGCGGAUGAUCAGAACAUUCUCGUUACGUCCAUGGCUUUGUGUGCAUUUAGACUAAUCUGCUCGAAUGAUCUUUUCUCUCACACAAGUCUGAGAUUUUUUUGGGCCACAAUCCUGGGAAUGUCUCACAAGCUCCUUACUAUGACCGAAGACAUCAUAAAUAUGGCAACUGAGGGAACCACCAGCCUGUCCAAGGUCGUGCAAAGAUCUUUCAAAAAGACAUUACCUCAGAUUUCCUCUGUUCUUUUCAAUGCGUCCCCAUCGCCGAGCCUUUCUCCUUGCUUGGUGACACUUUCGUGCAUCCAAUUCUGCAUUUCUAUCUUCCUCAAAAAGGGGGACGACAUUGAACCUUUGCCCGCGACGCUAACGGAACAAAUCGUCGACUUGCUGAUAACACAAUGUGACAAUGCAACCUCCAAAGCAAGUCUCGAGAGCUAUGAGUUAUCAAGGUUGUCAUUCUUGAUUCUGGAAUCUCACUCGAUGUUACCGGGAACAUCAGCGUAUCAUCAUCACAACUUUUCCCGGCUGCUUUUCGAGAACCAUGGUAAAUUUCUGCCAUCUUGUCACUUUGAUCGGAGUAAGCAGAUUUCUAUGUUAUAUGCCAGGGUGAUACUCAACCUUACAAAUAAUGUGCCUUCGCUAUGCGAAGAGUUUGCUACUCCUGACAUGGUCUCGGAUUUUGUGGAACUUGCCACUACUGGGUUGUCUGGUGCAUCUAUGAAUCGCAAUGUGGAUGAAAAUGGAUCUUUAAAUGCCAACAUCUUAGCUUUGGGUGUGCUCAUAAACUUGUCGGAACAAAGCGAGCUCUCACGAGCUGCUUUUCUUAAUCCAGCUUCUGAUUCUACGUCACUACUCCAGUUACUUCUCGAGCACUUUUCCGCGGGGCUUGCAUUUGUUGAUCAGGCGCGCUCUGUGUCCGAAGUGCAUUAUAAUGUUGUGAUUGGAUACCUCUCGAUUGUCUUGGCUACCUUGUGUCUCAACGAGGAGGCGUUGAAUCAAAUCAGGGAAUCAAUUCGUGGCGAAGGUCUUCUACUAGUCUUAUCGACGGCAGAAGAAUUCUUAAAGUUUCACCAGAAGGUUGAGCAAGACUCGCAGCUUUUUGAGAGUUCGGGAGAACGUGGAGAAAGCUACUAUCCGACGAUCGAAAACACGUUCAGUCGAAUCAUCAAAUACAACGGCCAAGAUUAUGCCACUGAAAUCGUUGACACAGCUGGUCAGGACGAGUACAGUAUAUUGAACUCCAAGCAUUUCAUCGGAAUACAUGGGUAUAUUAUUGUCUACUCGGUGGCUUCGCGUCAGUCGUUCGACAUGGUGAGGGUCAUACGUGACAAGAUUUUGAACCAUCUUGGUGCCGAUCAUGUACCCCUUGUGCUUGUCGGAAAUAAAAGCGAUCUCAAAUCUGAGCAACGCCAGGUGUCUCUAGAUGAAGGCCGGCAGCUUUGUGAAGAAUUCCAUUGUGCAUUUACUGAGGCUAGUGCUCGUCUCGACUAUAAUGUUGCGAAAGCGUUUGACUUAAUGAUUGGGGAGAUCGAGAAGUCGCAAAACCCAUCACAGCCGGCAGGAGGCAACAAAUGCGCCGUAAUGUGA